GCUUCUCCUGAAAUAGUAAAAGGUACACCAUAUCAAGGUCCUGAAGUCGAUUGCUGGUCAUUAGGCGUUCUCCUUUAUACAUUAGUUUAUGGUGCCAUGCCUUUUGACGGAAGUAAUUUUAAGAGACUAGUCAAACAAAUUUCUCAAGGAGAUUACUUCGAACCUAAAAAACCUAGCCGUGCAUCGCCUCUAAUAAGAGAAAUGCUGACUGUAAAUCCUAAAUAUCGAGCCAAUGUACAAAAAAUUUGUUCGCAUUGGUGGGUUAACGAAGGCUACGAGGAAAACUGCUUAGAUGUAUCCGAAGAGCUGGCGAAUCAGACUCCGGUACGAUUAGAUUUGUUAUUGUCGUUGGCACCACCUCCACCGCAAUUAGAGAGCGAAAAAUUGAUGGUUACAGGAGAAAUCGAAGAAUCGAACCUGACAAAUGAUACAAUAUUGGCGCCGACUCGGUCCCAAUCUGUGGGUAGUCUACGAGAGCUGUCACAUACAACAGACUUGAGGAUCGAAGAUUUAGUACCGGAAGAUGUUAAGUCCAAUACAGCAAAGCGAAAACUGGAGUUAUCCAUCAGUACCGAUUUAUCAAGCACCCAACAGGAAGAUGCAAAACGCAAAGAAAAAAUAAUUAAAGAAAGAACGGUGGCCGAUGUAACGUCAGAAGUUAUUCCGACAAAUCAAAACAAUCAAACUUCACAUGAUAUUAGCACAACCGCUCCUCUUGAUAAAAGUUCAACACGUACUAUAACUAAAAGAAUGGACGUCGAUAACGAAGAAAAUAUUGACCCGUCUAAGAUGGGCGCUACCUGCACAGAAAUUAUCGAGGAUGCAAAGAAAAAUGAAGCAAACAAAACAAAAACUCAGAAAAGUCCUUUAUCUCCAGCAAAAGAAUAUUUAGAAGAGACGACCAACGAUAAAAAGAGUAUCGAAAAAGAAAGUGUUACUACAAAAACAGAAAAAGAUAGUGUAAAGGGCAAAGAAAAUGAGAAAAAGGCGAAGAAGGAAUCGAAAACAGAAGAAUCUAAAAUUCCGUCUAAGAAAAAGGUUUCUAAAAAAAAAGUGCUUACCGACAAAAAUGAGAAUCUGGUUGACUGUAAAAAGGACGCAACUUCAGGAAAAAUUGCAACUAGUCCGACUGAGAAUUUAUCAGAAAAAAAUGUUGAGGAUGAUAAGAAGUUAGAGAAGUCUGUUGAAAGACGACGCUCAAAAAUUUUUGAAACAGCCGAGAAGUUUCAGAAUCUCGUUUCGUCAGGCGACAAGUCAAAUAAUGAAAAAUCAAAGAAAAUUGUUAUACCAGGUGUGAGUGUUGGAGGAUUUAGGAAAGAAUUUGAGCGAAAGGCAAGUUUAUCCUCAAGUAGUAAUGUGCCUCAAUUAAAAAACACCGCGUUUAAAAAGACUGCAGAAAAACAAAAUUCUAUUCAAACAAAGGAAGAAACAAGUAACGAACCGUCCUCUGUUAAGAUUGAUAAUAUCACCGAAAAUAUCAAAAAGUCAGAUCAGCUACAAAACACUUUAACUGAAAGCACUGUUCCUGAAAAAAAUGUGGAUGAAAGAAAAAAGAAAGCGGUCAGUAUAAUUUCUACGGCCUUGGAUAAAGAAGGAACUAGAAAAUCUAAAUCGAGGCCUUGUGUUGGAAGAAAGCCUCCCAUACCUUUUGGCUCGUCUGGAAGAUCUGCAUCGGGAAAUAUCGGAAUUGUUUCCGAACAAUUUGAUUCGCGUAAGGAAAUAGAACAAUUACCACUUUCUUCGCCCGUAUCGGAAGAAAUAGCGGAGAAAUUUGCGACAAACGAUGAAGUAUCAUCAGCUAAAAUAAUGCUAAAAUCGGCAACCAUACCCCGAAGGAAACAAACCAAAGCAGAAAUCAAUCUCAAAUACCCUAUCCCUAAACCUGCAGUAAUGGAGUUCAAGACUGAAAUGGCUCAUAACGUAGAAGCAGCUCCUAAUUUACCCACUCAAAGAAGUGAAGUUACAUUUCCCAUUUCACCAGUUGGAAACAUAAGGUCGUCGUCUCUUGAUGAUGAAAGCAGAUCUAAACAGUCCAGAGAAAGAAUUAUUCCAAUUUCGUAUGAGGAAAAUUCAAAAGAUGAUGGGCAAUCGCCAACAAGUGCGAAACCACCUUUUAAGGUUCAUCAAACAAGACGUUCUUCCGCGUCUCAAAGAUCGGAAAGUUUAUCGCGACAGUCGACGCAAGAAUCCGAUUCUGACAGCACAUCACUUAAAGGUGAACCCAUACGGAAGUCUCCUAGAGAGUACAUUAUACCCAUUGCCGUUGAAGGCGGCGGUUACGUAACACCAAGAGCAGGAAGUUUGGAACCCAGUGAAACUGGUAGCACCACGAGUACCAUGACAAAUAAAAGUAAAUUUGGACGAGCAAAAAGAAUGAGUUCGUUAAUUAAUGACCGUGAAGGGUCUGAAGAUGAGUCAGUUUUCUCUUCGGCAAUACCUCGCAGAAAUUCGUUCGGAAAAGAUAGCGACGAGGAUUCAAAGAAAGAUCUAUUUAGAAUGCACAGUUUGAGGAGUUCAAGGCCAAGAAGAGCAACUCUUGAACGCAACGACUCGUUCAGUUCUGGCGAAGACGAUGACGAUGAUGGAUUUGAAAUUUUAACCGCCGAAAAUCUAUUUUCAACUUUGCUCUCUAGGGUACGAGAUCUCACGUCAAGAUUGAAUGUUGAAGAUUCGCAUCCUGGCUUUCCAAGAAGUAGUUUGCUUACUAGAAACUUUUUGAAUUUUCCCAAUAGAUUUGAAGCCUUAUCCAGCAUGCAAUAUUCCUGUUCACAUGAGAAAAAAACGGCAAAAAUUAAGUAAGUGAAGUAAGUGAUUGUGUGUAAUAUAAUGUUAUUUGAUUUUAUGUCUAAAUAAACCAACGAUGUACACUGA